CAAUUUUCCUCUCGUCACUUUUCCUCUCGUCACUUUUCCUCUGGUCAAUUGCAGCCUGCCCGCGGUGGUUCCCGUGAGCAGCCUGAGGGUGUUCAGCGUGCCCGGGUUAAACCCAGACGCUCUGCAACGAGGCUUUGUACCCCUCUGUAAAGAGCUGAGAGCUCUUGGUAGUGUUGGAAAUGAUGCAACUAAACGAAUUUUAUUUAGUUGGUCAGUUGCUUGUAAGCAGCGCCCACUUUUUAAGUUUCUUCAUGUUCUUAAUGUUACUUCGAUCAUUAAAGCAUUGAAAACUUUAGUUAGUUAACCCUGACAAGCGUCAAUAAGCGGAGCCAAAGUGAGUUCAAGAUUGGACAUCUGGGAUCUUAAAUUUAUGGCCAUUCAAGGGCAUUAGUAACCAGAAGACAGCAGAGGAGAUAGAAACCUGGAAAGUUGAAGACUCCCUGUGCAAGAAACAGAUGAUAAAGAGGACUAAAAGAUGUGGACCAAAUUAGCAUGAAGGGCAAGAAACCACUAAGCAAUAUAAGAUAGAAUAUUAAUUAAUGAAGAUAAUUAUGUAAUUUACAUUAAUUUCUAUAAUAUAUUAUUUUAUCUAUACCUUUUUUUUAUAUAUAUAUCUGUAUAUGUAUGUAAUGUAUAAAUAAGUGAAAAAAGUUUUGUACAGGGGUCAGUGUGAAACAUUUUUAGCCACACACACACCUCCUCCUGGUGAGGAAUAAACCUUACUCACCAACACUGAAACAACAGUUUUAGAGCGAGUCUUAUUUAUCUUAUUUAGCUCAACGAUUUUGGAGGUUUCUUGGUAACAGUAGCACCAGCCAGCGACCAGGCUCCCACAGUAGGACAAAAAUGACUCUCAAACUUCCUGCCACAAAAUACUUACACAGUUAAAACAGAAGAAAAUACCCAGCAAGCCCCUAGGGAGGGCCAGCACCUGCCAGACUGCAGUCACGGGCCCAGGUGAGCACCACAACAAAGCAACCCAAGCCUCAGCUGCAUGUUUCCACACACAGGAGGGGGUGACAUGCAAAGCUGCUUCUUCCUGCUCCAAGAUGAAUAAAAAGCUCCAAGCCUGGAGCCUCAGUGUGUUUGAUCUUAACAAGCCCUGACAAGUGCUCCCUGGUUAAUGCAUUUUCGUUUUCCACAUCCUCUGCCCUCCCCAUUUCCCCCCAGGCUGUGUAUCCCAGGGCCUGCUGUUGGGCCACAGAAGGGCACAGCUCUAAGUGCACUCCUUGUAGGGAUCAGGGAAAUGCAGGGAGAGGUUCCUAGGAAGGUACUUGGAGAGAUCAUAGAACCAUGGAGUAUGCUGAGCUGGAAGGAACACAUCAGCAUCAUUGAGUCCAACUCCUGGCCCUGCACAGACACCCCACCAACCUCACCCUGUGACCCAGAGCAGUGUUCAAACACUCCUGGAGCUCUGGCAGCCUGGGGGCUGUGACCAUUCCCUGGGGAGCCUGUCCAGUGCCCAACCACCCUCUGGGAGAAGAACCUUGGGAGAUCCAAGCUAAAUCUCCCCUGACACAGGUCCCUGUCCUUUCCUCAAGUCCUGUCACUGGUCACGAGAGUGAAGAGCUCAGUAUCUGGCCCUCUGCUUCCCCUUGAGAGGAUGAUGAAGACAUGGAAUCACAUAAUGGUUUUGGGUUGAAAGGAACCUUAAAGAUUGCCUUGUCUCGCUCCCCUGCCACCAGAUCAGGCUGUUCCAAGUCUAGUCCAGUAGUAGUUCCUGACAUGGAACAGUUCCAGAGAUGGCGCAUCCACAAGAUUUACUGUUCAUCAGGGAUAGAAACAUUUAAUGUCCAUGGGGAAUAGAAAAUAACAACAGGAAAACUUCCCUUACCCUGCUGUAGGGUGGGUGAGCGUCAUUUAGGAGCAAAGGCCCAAAAUGGCAACUCUGAUCUUCAAAAUCCAUAACUUUGGGUAAAAAGCACUCUGGCAGUGCCCAGGUGGAUGCCCAGCUCCCCACCCCAGCUGCUCAAGUGCAUCCUGCAUAAACCACGGCAGUCCUGCAGUUAGUGGUGGGGGAAAACAAUCCAUGCUAGUAAAAAUAAAAAGAUGAACCAAUAAAAAUAAAGGCAGUUAAAAUAGGAAAGGGAAUGUUUAGCUGCUUAAAAUGCUUACAAAACAGGUUGGGGAGCAUAUAUGCUGUGACCAAGCAUAUCCCCAAAGGUUGCCCACGCCCUUUACUUGCAGCACUGAAGGCCAAAGCUGCAGCAGAGCCUGAGGAGCAGCUGGAAGGGACUGGGAUAUGCCAGCGAGCUUCAGCAUUGGCUGCAAGGAUCCGUGGUACACCUUCUGAGCUCCCACUGUUCCAUCUCGAGGGCUCACAGCUCUCCCACCCCCUUCCUGCCACCUUGAGUGAGUUGAAGUGGUUGGACAAACCCCAUGAAACAACUGAGGAGAAAAGACUCGCACAUUAAGGGCCUCAUGCAACACAAAAGGAAAAUUACGGCAGCUCAUCUCAUGCAACCACACUUCCUUCCCCCAGAUCUGCAACCUCCAUCGCUGGCAGGAAGCUCCACCAACUUUCCCAGCUUCAUCUAGCACAGCUCACCCACUCCAGGCCUGGGGAGUGCUCUGCAGCAUCCAGCUUUGGCCAUCCAGGCUGGGUGACAUCCCAGCUCCAGCUGGCUCACUCUCAGGGUCCAUCCCCACCAUAUCCUGCGUCAGAUGCUCCCGUGCUUCUGUCCCACUGCCAGGACUGCUGUGAUGCUUUCCUGCUGCACCUGGCUGUGAUGAAACCAAGCCAGGACCAUGAUGGCUUCUUUAAUAAAAGCACCAAUCCACAGAGCAUCCAUCCGGGCUUGGAAAUUUUCUGCUGGCACUGCAAUCUCUCUUCUUGCUGCAAAAAUAAACCCAUAACUGCAACACAGCAGCAGGCGAACAGCAUCAGGGUCUUAUAAUGCCUCAGGCUGCCCUGACCAUGGCAGAGAACUGGAACAACAUGGUCUGUAAUGUCCUUUCCAACACAAACUCUUCUGGGAUCCCACGAUGAUGCAAAACAGUGACUCAACAUCAGCUUGCUUGGAAGGAGAACCUACAAAGCAAUUAAUAAAGAUUUACAUUAAUUAGUUUUUUAAAACCCUACAAUCUUUUUCUUUUUUUCCUGCAUUGCCCUGUAGAGGUUAAAAGAAAAUUACCAGGAGCUGGUUCCUCUGCUCAGGGAAAUGCUGCUGCUGGGAGGAGUUAUUGAAGCCAGCACAAAAACUCUGAAAGUCUGCUUAAAAAAAAUCCACCACACAGCCCUGAGCCUUGCCAGAGGACGGUGCCUGCAUCCUCUUGUCAUGUACGGAGGCCUGGCUACACAAACAUUUCAGAGCCCAUCCCACAGUCUCAGAGGAGCUCCCCAUCUUCUCCACACCCUGCCAAAAGCUCCCACAUGAACUCGCUGCCCCCACUCCCACCUUUGUUUGCCCGCUGAGGUCAGCGCUGGUCCCCAGCAGGGCUGUGAAAGGUGAAAAGUUCUCAUAAAGCGUGGGGUUUUGGGUGGGUCCCUUUCUACGUGCAGUGAGAGGGCUGCAAGGCCCUGGGUAUCCCAGGGAGACCAGUUCCAGUCUCACAGGGCUGGAUGCUGUGGGUUUGGCCAGGUUGAGUGGGGCUGGCUGCGGUUUUUGGGAAACACCCUCUCACAGGCACCACUCUUGACUUCCUCUUCCCCUGCAACUGCAAGACAGAAAUAGGAAGGAAAGAUUGGUGUACGUCACAGAGCUCCUGAUGCCCAGCUGCUCUUCCCAGCCAAACCUGAGAAGCUGAGACCAUCCUCAUCCCAGCCCAAGUACGGAACAGAGACGAGGGCUGGAGGCCAGAAAAUGCCUCGUGACUGCUGCCUCCAGCUGCCAGCAGUGACCUGGGUGCUGCUGCUGGUGACAACAGCCUUUGCCAUGGAGUGCCCCAAGAUCAAGGUGGGGACGUGCAAGGACUGCAUUCAGUCUGGUCCUGGCUGUGCCUGGUGCAAGAAGCUGAAUUUCACCAAAGAGGGCGAGCCUGACUCCAUCCGCUGUGACACCAUUGAGCAGCUGAAGCAGAGGGGGUGCCCAGACAGUGAGAUUGAGUUUCCAGGCAAUGAGAUCAAGAGAACACAGAACAAGCCCUUAAGCAGUGAAACACAGCUGACUCCACAGGAGGUGCAACUGAAGCUGAGGAUAGGCCAGCCUGCUGAGUUUGAGGUGAAGUUUCGCCGUGCCAUGGGGUAUCCCAUUGAUCUCUACUACCUCAUGGACCUCUCCUACUCCAUGCUGGAUGACCUGGAGAAUGUGAAGAAGCUGGGAGGGGAGCUGCUCAGGGCGCUGGAGAGCACCACCCCUUCUCGGCGCAUUGGGUUUGGCUCCUUCGUGGACAAGACAGUGCUGCCAUUCGUGAACACGCACCCCGAGAAGCUGCAGAACCCCUGCCCCAAUAAGGACACGAAGUGCCAGCCUCCCUUCGCCUUCAAGCACAUCCUGUCACUGACGGACAACGCCCAGCAGUUUGAGAGUGAAGUGGGGAAGCAGUUCAUCUCAGGGAACCUGGAUGCCCCAGAGGGAGGGCUGGAUGCCAUGAUGCAGGCAGCAGUGUGCGGGGACCUGAUUGGCUGGCGCAACGUGACCCGCUUGCUGGUGUUUGCUACCGAUGACGGCUUCCACUUUGCCGGGGAUGGCAAGCUUGCGGGCAUCCUCACCCCCAACGAUGGCCAGUGCCACCUGGAGGACAACAUGUACAAAAGGAGCAAUGAGUUUGACUACCCUUCUGUUGGUCAGUUGGUCCAGAAACUUGCCGAAAACAACAUUCAGCCCAUUUUUGCUGUCACCAGUAGGGUGGUGGAUGUUUACAAGAAACUCAGUGAGAUGAUCCCAAAGUCGGCGGUGGGGGAGCUGAACGAGGACUCCAGCAACAUCAUUGAACUCAUCCAAGUGGCCUACAAUAACCUCUCCUCGCGGAUCAUCCUGGACCAUUCCACCUUGCUGGACACUCUGGAUGUCAAAUACGACUCCAAAUGCAAAAAUGACAAGGACUCCGUGAAUGAAGCCAGAGGCCAGUGUGACAAUGUCAAGAUCAAUGAAGAGGUCAUCUUCAAAGUGAAGGUCACAGCCAAGGUGUGCAUUCCAAACUAUUCCUUCACCAUCCGGCCGCUAGGCUUCACAGACACCCUCACUGUCCGUGUGGCCAGCAACUGCGACUGCCACUGCAACGACAAGCCUGACCCAGCUGCUUGCAAUGGGCACGGCACCAUCGAAUGUGGGACCUGCAGCUGCAAUUCAAGGUACACAGGGAAGAACUGCGAGUGCGACACCAAAGGAAAGAGCAGCAAGGAGCUGGAGCGCAGCUGCCGGCGGGACAACAGCUCGGUGCUCUGCUCGGGGCAGGGGGACUGCGUGUGCGGGCAGUGCGUGUGCCACACCAGUGACGUGCCUGGCAAGUACAUCUACGGCACCUACUGCCAGUGUGACAACAUGAACUGCGAGUUCUUCAACGGCUCCCUCUGCGGCGGCCCAGCACGCGGGCAGUGCGACUGCGGGGCGUGCAAGUGCCAGCCUGGAUAUGAGGGCAGCGCCUGCCAGUGCCAGCAAUCCACAGAGAGCUGCCUCAACGCCCGCAGGCACGUGUGCAGCCUCCGUGGGACCUGCCACUGCAACCGCUGCCAGUGCACAGGAGGGUACCAGCCCCCCUUCUGCCAGGAAUGCCCAGGCUGCCCUUCUCCCUGUGGCAGAUACAUCUCCUGUGUGGAGUGCAAGUUCUUCAGCAGCGGCCCCUUCGAGAAGAACUGCUCCCAGGCCUGCGCCAACAUCCACCUGGCCACAAACUCAACAGAGUUGAGCACAAAUGAUAGGAAAUGCAGGGAAAAGGAUUCCCAGAACUGCUGGAUGUCCUUCCGUAUGGUCCAGGAGGAUGGCGAGGAGAUAUAUACUAUCAUCGUUGAGCCUGAUAGAGAGUGCCCACAGCCUCCCAACGUGCCACUGAUCGUGGGCGGCACCAUCGCUGGCGUGUUCCUCAUUGGCGUUCUGGUCCUGGUCGUCUGGCGGCUCUUGAUGGAGCUGAUUGACCGUCGGGAAUACCGCCGCUUUGAGAAGGAGAAGACCAAAGCCAAGUGGAAUGAUGCUGAUAAUCCCCUCUUCAAGAGUGCCACCACCACUGUCGUCAACCCCAGGUUUAAUGAAUGAGGCAGUACCUGGCAGCACUGGGAUACACCGUUAAAUAAGGAAAUGCCAAGCUAAGGAAAGGUCAAACUAAGGAAAUCUUAAACUAAGGCUCCCACCCCUUCUUCUUUAUCCUCAUGGUUUCAUCCCUUCUUCCAAGAGGCCCCCAUCAUGUCAGGUGCUGGCUGAGGGACUGCACCCAUGCCAGUCUCCUGGCCUACUACUUGAUGACUGUUAGUGGAGCUGGUAGAGGGGAACACCAUGGAACAGCAGUGGCUCCUGUCCCAUCUCCUGAUGCUAACCUUGCUUUCUGGCAGCACUCUUGGACACUGAGCCCCAAAGCCAGCUGAGAGCGCAGAGCGCUUCCAGCUUCGGUUUAGAACUGGAAUUUCAAAGCUGCCAUCUCUCUUCUGCUGCAGCAGGAUCUGCCUUUAGGCUACUCCAUGCUUUCCCCUGAUGCAUUGGUCCCCACCACUGUGUAAUGUUUUCCAGAGAACUCACUGCUGAGUAGGACAUAAAGGGUGCAAGCAGCUGUUCUAGAGGCUGCAAUGAUAUGAUUGGCCCUAAGGACUAGUGGGCAUCUGUACUUUGUGAUGAAGAGCAGCUAGAGAAAAUGCACUGCAUCGUUUUCCCAAAUCACUAACUGCUCCCUGACAUCACUCAGAUCUACCUCAGGCAAGGUUCUGCCUGGGCUUCUGCGUGCUUGGCCUACCUUCUUCAGCCUUGAAGUCCUCUGCACAGUAAGGAGCCACUGUUUGAUCUAUGAAACUUCAUCUCUGAUCUAUGAGCACCUGGAAAAUGAAGGUAGGAGGUCAGCCAUACUUCUUCCACCCCCUGGGGCAUGAUCUACUCCCUGUUUUGUGAGCAUGUCAGACAUACCAGGAGCCAGCUCUGCAAAACACCUGGCAGUACCCAGAGCAUCUCCAGCUCAGUGCUUAUCCCAACCACACAUAGCAGCCAGUUGCUCUUACAUUGUGGAUGAUUCCUGUGAAAUGGUGGUACAAUUCCUUAUUUGUUUUAAGUUUGGGACUGAUUUGCAUAGUGUUGUAUUGUGUCUUUAUUUGCUCUCUGAAAAAGUUCAGUGUGAAUAAAGAUUAAUA